GUGACGCCGCUGCUGCGUCUUGGGUGCACGGGCUCGGUGGUCCGCCAUCACACGAGGAGAUGGCGCCGGGAAAGAAAGACGAGGCUGCGGACCGGGGAUGGUUGGCGACGCUGAGGGCGGUGGCGGCUGUGAUGGCCGACAGGAAUGACUUCCGCAGGAACCUGAUUGUAAACAUUGGGCUGUUUGCUGUGGGAGUUUAUAUCGCCCGAAACCUUUCAGACAUCGAUCUAAUGGCUCCUCAGCCCAUUCAGUAGACAAGAUCUCGACUAGGGGGCUUGGCAAAAGCUGGAAGACCACUAUCGCCAAGGGCCUGCUGCAAUGAUCGAGACUACGAGCAGAAUUACUGCAGCAGCAGUUCUAGGGCCUUUGCGUAAUGAACGGACAGACACUGCUGUUCCAAGUGAAUGGAUGGGAUAAUCAGCAAUUGCUCCUUUUCCCCAUCGACAAUACUUUAAGUUAUCACAGCACUGACUACAUCCUCAAUGUUAUUAGCUCCUUAAAUUCAUAGGGAAACUAUUCAAAUAAAUCAACUGAGGCUAA